AGAAUGCACGGGGAGCUCUGGUUACUUGGAGAUGGCGGACUGGGCAGGCUGGGGGGCAGCUGCUGAACACGGCUGAGAUGCAUACGGUCCUGGGAGGCGGUGCCCAUGGACUGAAUGCUGAUGGGUCAUCUGGAGGCCAGGCGGACAGAAGAUGCAAGCCCCCGAAAGAUCAUGUACCAGGAGCUAGGGGGGGCUCGCAGAAGGGAGCCACCACCAACAGAGUCCCCAGGGAGGACGGCAAAGCACAGGAGAUGCUGCAGCGGCUGCAGCUGCAGAUGUCCACCUUCCGAGGGACGUUCAGGAGCCACGCAGCUCGGUGCUCCGCGGCCCACAGCGAGCUCCAGAGGCAGGUGGACGCUCUGACAAAGCAGAACCUGGAGCUCCGAGACGAGCUGAGGGCUUCGGGGGUGCCGCUCCUGGAGGCCAAGAGGAGGUCCACAGUGUCCCUGCCCACGAGCCUGGGUCCAGACCCUCUGGGGUCCGUGUCCACGUUUGGAAACAUCUCGCCUCUGUUAGCCGAUGAAGAGACCAGGGCAGAGUCCGCCAGCUGCGAGAGCCACAGUGCUCCCCUGCAGCAACGCCUGCCGUCCACUCCUGUGGUGCCCAGUACCCCUGUCCUGCAGCAAAGACUGACAUCUACACCAGUCACCUCUCCCAAGCCAAUAAGCAUAAAACUAGGAAGAACCAACCCAGAGAAAACAGCAACACAGGAAGACAGACCCAGAGCUCCUCACGGGAGUCUGCAAGACAGGACUGCCGCUGGUCCCCUGGAAGAGGCACCCUGGCAGGAUAUGCACCACCUUCUGCAAAAAUCCAGGGGCAGGAAGUUACCAGCGCCGGCCUCUGCUGUCGGGUUCCAGGGCCCCAAGGCGGUGGCCGGAGAGGACCAGGAAGUGCCCUUGCACACUGCAGAUACUCCGGAAGUUGGGCUCCUCAUCGCGGGCCACACUGGCGGCCUCCCUCAUCCUUGCCCUUUCAUCCAGGGGCCACAGGGUCUUCCUGAAAAGCCAGCACCUUUUGGAGAAGCAGCACGCCCCACGGACACCACGAGAGGAGAGGAGCAAGUGGAGGAGAAGCAGUACCCGGACGGCAAGGUGGAACAGACACUCAGUGAUGGCCGCACAAUCGUCACCUUCCCCAACGGCACCAAGAAGGAGAUCAGCGCAGACAGGAAGACCAUCACCACCAGGUUUUACAAUGGUGACGUGAAGAAGGUGAAGCCAGACCAGACAGUGAUCUAUUACUACGCGGAAGCUCAGACGACACACACCACCUACCCCAACGGCGUGGAAGUUGUGCAGUUUCCCAACAAGCAGACAGAAAAAUUCCACCCUGAUGGCUCCAAGGAGACCGUGUUUCCCGACGGGACAGUGACGCAGCUCAAGGGCGGGCGUGAGGAGAUUGUGUUUCCAGAUGGGACAGUGGUCAUCGUGAAAAGGAACGGCGACAAAACCAUCCUGUUCAGCAACGGGCAGAAAGAAAUCCACACGGCCCAGUUCAAGAGGAGGGAGUUCCCCGAUGGCACCGUCAAGACCGUGUACUGCAAUGGCUGCCAGGAAACCAAGUACGCCACGGGGAGGGUCAAGGUCAAGGAUGAGACUGGGAGCGUCAUCCUGGAUGGGAAGUGGAGCCACCCACAGACCCACCGCUGAUGCCCGGAAGACACAAAAGCAAUUGCUAUUCAACCAAUUUUUACCCUAACAUGUAGAAUUCCACCCCAAAACAAGAAAGAAAUAAUUUCUUGAAAAUCUCAUCAUAAGA